AUGAGCAAAAACUACCAUUGUUGUAAAGCGAAAGACUUUCGAAGUCAUAUGCAUAUUUUAUCUCCUACAGAUUGUUCAUUAUCCGAAAUUGUUAGCACCAGUCGUCUCAUUAUCCCUCCAUGUAUAAUUCAAAAGCCAGAAAUUUAUCGGCGAAGGGUGUCAACAGCGUUUCCUGUUUCACCGAAAAAUUCAUUAAGCCACUACAGCCCAUAA